AUGGGAAGAGCAACGUCAUUGACAGACGAGGAGAAGACAGAACCAGAUGUCAUUGCAGCCGUUGAUGACAAUAAGCAGGUCAACACCCUUCCCAAACUCCGGAAGGAGAUAUCGAUACAAGAUCAAUCAAGUCGGAUGCCUCUAAGAAAGAUAUUGAUCGUUUAUGCUGGAAUAGGCACGGCUUUGGUGGUCUCUUUCAUGGAUCAAACGGCGGUGUCAACGGCAGCUCCUAAUAUCGGUAUCGACUUGAACGGUUCAGCUAGUAUAGCUUGGCUCGGUACCUCGUUUUUUGUGGCUAACUGCGCCUUCCAGCUCGUAUAUGGUCGUCUUUCAGACAUUUUUGGACGUAAGAAUAUGCUUCAACUAGCCUUGGUUCUUCUGGCAGUCGGUAAUCUCAUGUGUUCUUUCGCGUCGUCACCGAUCCAGCUCUAUACUUUCCGAGCGAUAAGUGGUAUAGGAGGUGGAGGCAUAAAUAACAUCGCCAUGGUCAUCGUCUCAGACAUCGUUCCACUCAAAGAAAGAGGAAAGUACCAAGGGCUUAUAUCAGCGUCAACAUCGUUAGGAAGCGCUAUUGGACCGUUCUUGGGAGGUGGUCUGGCGGGGGCAAACAACUGGCGAUGGCUUUUCCGUAUAACUACCAUAUGCGGGGUUCUCACCAUGGUGCUUAUCCAUUUCAUCAUUCCACUUAAACCCGUUUUCGGUUCGAUGCGCAAGAAACUACUACAAGUCGACUACUUCGGCGUAUUUCUGUCUUCAGCGUCUAUCAUCUUCCUCUUAGUACCCAUUUCUGGAGGCGGAUCAACCUUCGCCUGGUCAAACCCUACGGUAAUAGCCUUACUAGUCUGCGGAGGCCUUUGCGCCGUUCUUUUCGUGCUGGUUGAGUGGAAAUUGGCCAAAUUACCGAUUCUGCCCUUGCGUCUUUUCCGCAUGCGAACCCCAACAAUCGUUAAUAUCCAGUCAUUCUUCAUUGGCAUGAUCUACUUUGGAAAUAUCUUCUAUAUUCCUAUGUUUCUCCAAUAUGUGAAAGGGUACUCCCCUCUGCUAUCUGGAGCAUUUGUGCUUGUUUACACCCUUCCCCAAGCUGGAUGGGGUAUAGGGGCUGGCUUGUAUAUCUCGAAAACUAAUCAUUACAAGCGUAUCAUCGUUCUCGGCGCGGCUAUAUGGACGCUUGCUCUAGGUCUCCAAUUGCUGUGGAAGCCGGAUUCCUCGCUUGGAUUGAUCUUGGGGAUCUUAGAAAUUGGUUCUGUAGGUGUCGGCUUCAGUCUGCAGACAACUGUUGUAGCAGCACUUGCAACGUCACCACCCAAAGACAGAGCGGUGAUCACAGCAUCGCGUAAUUUCUUUCGGUCAAUGGGCGGGUCUUUUGGCUUGGCAUGCGCGAGCGCGAUUUAUCAGGCCGUCAUCAAAAACCAUUUCGCCAGAAUUGACGCCCUGACCGAAUCCCAACAGUCGAGGUUGCUGGACUCUGGCUUAUCCCACUUGCCGCCUUUACCUGCACCGGUCCUCAUCGAAGUGAGGGAUGCCUAUAGUGAUGCAUUGAGGAUGGUGUUUGCUGCCUUCACGGCGUUUUCAGGCGUGGCAUUGUUCUUGAGUUUGUUGAUCCAGGAAGUCGAAUUCAUGAAAGAUCAGCCUCAGGUUGAGGAACGAACAAGUAUUGGACGUCUGGCGACCAAUGAGCGUGAAAGAUUUUCGGGGACGAAUGCAGAAGCUGACAAGAGAUUACCGGAAACACCCACACAGCUCACAGCAGCACCAUGGAACCAAAGCUCUGUGUCUAAUGUUAGCACGGAAGUCGACUCUGUCCUUAUGACAGCGGGUCAAAGUGAAGAAACAUUUUCAGACGCAAAAAAGCGUGAAUCCCAUCAUGAGAUAGUAGAGAAAGUAACAUAA